GUUUACAGGUGGCCGUACGAAAUAGUACGCAUCAAAAUAAUCUGUUUUAACGCGAAACCGGAGGAGAGUUACAGUAGGUCGAAACUCGAGCACACACGGAGCAUGCACGGGGCGAAUAAGAGAGCGGUCGUAGAUAAAAGCGGAACUUUUGGACGCCGGUUUUACAGUGUUUUCGUGGAUGUUUUCCCGAUGCUGCUGCUAUUGGAAGAUGAGAAGCAGAAAUGCGUCUGAGGCAAAAACACAAAACAAAAAACUGAUGAUUUAAAAAGUCCCAGCCUGGUCUAACAUGGCAGGUAACGUCAGGGUCUUGUUAUGAGGAGUCAAGCAUGGAAGAAGAUCUGGAGACACUUGGAGAACAGUUGUACUCUCUGAUUUACCCCAAACACAAAGAGGAUGCUGGAAAACUCACAGGUAUGUUGCUGGAGCUGCCAGGUCCUGUCGUGACUCAGAUGCUGCAGGAUGAUGCCAUGCUGACGGCAGCUGUGGAGAAAGCCCUGAGAGCCCUGCAGGUGGCUCAGGCACCAAGUCAGGUGUGUAAGGAUGAGGAUGAUGUGUCAGUGUCUUCUGACUCUCUUGGGGAGCAGCUGUUUGAGCUGGUGGAUGAUUACAACACUGGCCACUCACAAAAAAUCACAGGAAUGCUUCUGGAGCAACACAAAGAUGCCAUCUUAAAGCUUCUUUCAGAUCCCAGUCUGCUGGAGGAGCAGGUGAACCUCGCCCUAAAGACACUUACAGAGCAGAACAUGGAGGAGACAGAUGUGAGUGACUCUUCGGAGGUGGAUGACACGGAGAGUUUAGGAGAGAAACUCUUCUCACUGGUGGUGGAGAUGGAUCCACUUCAUGCAAAUGAUAUUACAGGUAUGCUGCUGGAGAUGGACCCAGCUACUCUCCAACAGCUGCUCAGUGACCGCACAAUGCUGCAGGUUGCUGUUCAGAAAGCACAAGCAGCACUGGAUACUUAAAACUCAGCUUUUUUAAAAGUUUAACUCCAACAACAAAUUCAUAUAACAUUAUCUUUUAAAUAAGACGUCAUUCAAGGAGAUCUUGAUAAUACAAGUUGCCUAUUUUACAGUAAGCCUUUAUUAGUUCAUACGGACUGCUCUGAGGACCAGUGGGAUUUUUGUGUACCAGCUGGAAAUUAAAGAGUCUAAAAAGCAUUUCCCGCAGCACAAACCAAGUUACUGUUGGCCAUGGAUGCUCAGAUAAAUGGACUGAACAUGUUCCAGUGUCACACAAAUAAUAAUCAGCGAUCAGUGUUGUGUUUGCUUGAUGAUAAUGUUUAUAGUAUGCUGAGAGUAUUUAUUUGUAAGUGCUAAGCUAAAUGUUGGUAUUUAAUUUUUUUUUUUUUUUUUUUUACAUUAGUCUUCACUGCCUGUUUUUUCUUUUUUUUUUUUUCUUUCUAAUAUAGGAAACA